AUGCGCGGCGUUUGGACAGCACGAACGUAUAAAGUGUGUAUGGGUCGUUUCGACCCCCUACGCGACGGUUUGUACGAUCACAGAAUUCAAGAAAUUCUAGAGGAAGAUGGUAUUGAAGGUGAAGUCUCUUCAGAAAUUGAAGAUAACUUAGAGAUCGACGAUGACGACUCAAAUUCCAGUCAAAGCGGCGAUGAUGAUAAUUCUGAGGCCGAAGAUUUUUCAGCAGGUAAUAUUUUUGCCGAAAUGUUACACAGAAGACCUGAUCUCAGUGAUGUGCCUCUGAGUUAUAUCCGUCAAGGAUACUAUGUGGGUAGAAAUGGCUCCACUAACUGGAGUAUUGAGGAACCCCCUAGAAAUGUUCGUACUCGUAGCCACAACAUUAUAUUUCAUGCGCCGGGACCGAUUAAUGAGGCAAAAGAUGCACUUACGCCUUUGAACUGCUGGUUUAGACAUGGUUGUGACAUAUACCAAUAUGUAUAUUGA